UGUGGCCCUUUUAAAAGGCAGAGCUGUGGAGGAGCCGAGUCCGAGCACACACCAAUGAGAGGCCCCAUUCGGCAUCCGCCCCUCCCACCCCCUCCAGAGGUCAGAAGCUUUUGCCUGUUGUACUGUGGCCCGUACGGUGAGCGCGGAGGCCUCAGGUUGGCCGUGGUUGCUCCGCUUGCCCGUCCGCUGCUCAAAUGGCCCUGAGAGGCGUUUCCGGGCGGCUGCUGAGCCGUGGACCAGGCCUGAGCCUCCUGCGCGGGUGGGGCUCGGCGGCGACGCAAACUGAAAAGGGCGGGAAGACACAGAACCGAGCGGCCAAGUGUAAGGACCCCUCCUUGCGCCGGGCGUCUUCGGCCCUUUGUCCAGCUGUCUGUCUGCCCCGGGUGGGUUCUGUCCCAGAAUCGACGACUGCCGGGGCGGGGAGGCAGGGCGUGGCCAGGGCCAGAGGCACCUCACGUCCCGAAUUUGACUGGAGGGACCCGCUGCUGCUGGAGGAGCAGCUGACCGCGGAUGAGAUCCUCAUCAGGGACACCUUCCGCACCUACUGCCAGGAGCGCCUCAUGCCCCGAAUCCUGCUGGCCAAUCGCAACGAAGUUUUUCACCGGGAGAUCAUCUCAGAGAUGGGGGAGCUUGGUGUGCUGGGCCCCACCAUCAAAGGGUAUGGCUGUGCUGGAGUCUCUUCUGUGGCCUAUGGGCUCCUGGCCCGAGAGCUGGAGCGGGUGGAUAGCGGCUAUAGGUCAGCAAUGAGCGUCCAGUCUUCCCUCGUCAUGCACCCCAUCUACGCCUAUGGCAGCAAGGCCCAGCAGCAGAAGUACCUGCCCCGGCUGGCCAAGGGGGAGCUCCUGGGCUGCUUCGGGCUCACAGAGCCCAACCAUGGGAGUGACCCUGGCAGCAUGGAGACCAGAGCCCGUCACAACCCAUCUAACAAGAGCUACACCCUCAACGGGACCAAGACCUGGAUCACCAAUUCACCUGUGGCCGACCUGUUUGUAGUGUGGGCUCGAUGUGAAGAUGGCCGCAUUCGGGGCUUCCUGCUGGAGAAGGGGAUGCGGGGCCUCUCAGCCCCCAAGAUUGAGGGCAAGUUCUCCCUGCGGGCGUCGUCCACAGGCAUGAUCGUCAUGGACGGUGUGGAGGUGCCGGAGGAGAAUGUGCUGCCUGACGUAUCUGGUCUGUCGGGGCCCUUUGGCUGCCUAAACAAUGCCCGGUUUGGCAUCACCUGGGGCGUGCUCGGAGCUGCCGAAUUCUGUUUGCACACAGCCCGGCAGUACACCCUGGAUAGGAUCCAGUUUGGAGCCCCAUUGGCCAGGAACCAGCUGAUUCAGAAGAAGCUGGCAGACAUGCUCACUGAGAUCACGCUGGGCCUUCACGCCUGCCUGCAGCUUGGCCGCUUGAAGGACCAAGACAAGGCCACUCCGGAAAUGGUCUCCCUGCUGAAGAGGAAUAACUGUGGGAAGGCCCUGGAUAUCGCCCGCCAGGCCCGAGACAUGCUAGGGGGGAAUGGGAUUUCUGAUGAGUAUCACGUGAUCCGGCAUGUCAUGAACCUGGAGUCUGUGAACACCUAUGAAGGCACUCACGACAUUCAUGCUCUGAUCCUUGGAAGGGCAAUCACGGGGAUCCAAGCGUUCACGGCCAGCAAGUGAGCACACUUCACCCGGGAGCCCAGAUGGCCUCCGGCUCCUUCCCAGGGAAAUGCUACGCUCUGAGCUCACUCAGGGAGAUGGCAGAUGGAGCCAAUUUUUAUAGUGGGAAGUGAGAGACACUGAUUCUUAAUUAUCAAAAUUUUCCCUUUGAAGUCAUUCAAAUGUGUUCCUUAAAAAGAAGAUGGGACUCUCUGUACCAAGUUUCUCAACCCACUUUUAACCGUGGAUGGGAAUGGAUUCCACUUAUCUUGGAACAGAAGCUUCUCUUGACAGGGGAGCAGGGAGAGGGAAGGAGAGUGACAUGGAAGCAUUCUCUGUGACACUGAUCUGGCGUCUGACUGAGCAAAUCCCGCCUCCCCGCGCCCCCCCCCCCCCCCCCGCCACAGCAAGAGUUCACUGUGUGCCCUCUGACCCUCCCAUCCUGGGGGUAAGUGCCUUAUGCUGGAGGUUGGAGCAGAAAGAAAGCGAAAGAGAGAAUAAUAAAGAGUCUGCACGUCUGA